GAGCGCCAGGCCUCCCGGGGGCUGGCGCGCGCCGGCCUGGGUCUGCGGCGGCUGGAGGCGCACGCGGCGGGCGCGUACCUGGCCAGCCUCGGCGCCACGCGGCGUUUGUGCUCGGAGCUGCUCCCGCAGUCUGCCAGCGCGCGCCCUGACGCCGUGGACACGGCGAGGCAGAAGGACCUUUCUGCUGCGCUUGGCGACCACUGCCACCAGCUCUUCUUCGAGAACCUCGGGGCAGCCGACCGCGCGGUCGCGCCAAACGAGAAGCUGGGGCUGCUCUUCGAGCCGGAAGAGUUCCUCACCGAGCUGCGGAGGCGGCUUCUGCUCCAGGUCUAUGACACGGGCUAUUUCUGCCCUUGCUGCGAUGUGCCUCGCGACCGGCACGGGCGCCACGCUGGCCUCUGCGCUGGCGUGGGAGACCGGGUGUGCCCGCGCAACGCCGCGCGCAACCUGGUAGGGCGAUUCGCCGCUGCAGCCGGCUGCAACCCAGAGCUGGAGAGGCCGGAGCUCUUGCCACCGCGCCCAGACGACGACCGCGCUUUCGGCCGUCGCCCCGCCGACGUGCACAUCCCGAGCUGGCACCGAGGCACGCCUGCCGCCUACGACUUCGCG